AGCAAAGGUAAAUUAUAAGGUUGUGUAUAGAGCAUAAUAUUAUCCCGCAAAUUAAAAAUGCCAAUCCUCUAUCAACUUCUUCGUAAUCCCACACUCAACUCUAAGUUGGGUACCUUCACAAAAGUGGCAACUUCCUGUAGACGAGCUUCCCAGAACCAUGGCAUCCUGGCUCCUUUCUUGUCCCGCUUACACAGCUCGGAAGCCUUAGCACGAGAAGAGGAACCCAAGGGGAAAGGGCAUGAUAUGCUUGCACCUUUUACUUCAGGGUGGGAGAGCAACAAUGUUGAUCCAGUGAUUAUAGCAAGAUCUGAGGGUCCAUAUGUAUAUGACAAUAAUGGAAGGAAGUACCUUGAUGCUCUUGCUGGUCUGUGGUGCACAGCCCUAGGGGGAAAUGAAUCCCGACUUGUGGCAGCUGCAACUAAACAACUAAAUACCUUGCCGUUUUACCAUUCCUUUUGGAAUCAUACUACCCAACCUUCUUUGGAUUUGGCAAAGAAACUACUUGAAAUGUUUACAGCUAGAAAAAUGGGGAAAGUAUUUUUUACAAAUAGUGGUUCAGAAGCUAAUGAUACUCAGGUGAAGAUAGUAUGGUACUAUAACAAUGCACUUGGAAGGCCAAAAAAGAAAAAAUUCAUUUCUCACUCAAAAGGGUAUCAUGGUACAACAUUCAUAUCAGCCAGUCUUUCAGGCCUUUCAUUUUUGCACGAGAACUUUGACGUUCCAGCUUCAUUCGUUCUACACGCUGAUUCUCCACAUUACUGGCGUUACCAUCUUCCAGGUGAGACAGAGGAAGAGUUCUCAACCAGAUUAGCAAAAAACAUGGAAGACCUUAUACUUAAGGAGGGACCAGAGACGAUUGCUGCAUUCAUUGCUGAACCUAUCAUGGGAGCUGGUGGUGCAAUUAUUCCACCUGCUACUUAUUUUGAAAAGAUCCAAGCUGUGCUUAAGAAGUAUGAUAUACUUUUUAUUGCUGAUGAGGUAAUAAGUGCCUUUGGAAGAGUAGGGGCAAUGUUUGGAUGUGAUAAAUUCAAUAUUAAACCGGACCUUGUAUCUCUUGCUAAGGCACUUUCAUCAGCAUACAUGCCUAUUGGAGCUGUUCUAGUGAGCCCUGAAAUCUCUGAUGUAAUUCAAUCUCAAAGCAGCAAGCUAGGUUGCUUUUCUCAUGGAUUUACUUAUUCUGGACACCCGGUCACAUCUGCUGUUGCACUUGAAACACUCAAGAUCUACCAGGAAAGGAAUAUUGUGGAUCAAGUAAAUAGAAUCUCCCAAAGAUUUCAAGAGGGAAUAAAAGCUUUCUCUGAUAGCCCUAUCAUUGGAGAGAUAAGGGGGAUUGGCUUGGUGUCAGGCUUGGAUUUUGCAGAAAGUAAAUCAGCAAACAACCCCUUCCCUCCUGAAUGGGGACUCGGCAAAUAUUUUGGAGCUGAAUGUCGGAAAAAUGGUUUGAUAGUACGAGCUGGAGGGGAUAAUAUAUCAAUGGCUCCGCCACUUAUAAUAUCUCCUGAAGAAGUUGAUGAGAUAAUCAGCAUAUAUGGGAAAGCUCUGAAGGCUACAGAAGAAAGAGUGAAGCAAUUGAAGGCUCAGAAGUAGCUGCCAAUAGUUAAAAGACAAGCAACGACUUGAAGGUAUUGGUCAAAGUUGGAUCAACUUGUGUCUUAAAGAAAAAAAGCCUUGGAUGUAGUUAAGAAAAUGGUCACUCUACGUUACUAGAUUCUUAAGAUAAUGAUGGAAUGGUGAAUAAAAGCAGCUUGAUGUGAAUAAAAGCAACCUUUAUUGAAUCCUUAACAGACAUGGCAAAAAAAGAAAUGAAAGGUUUGUAAAAGAGGCAAAUUAUCUCACAGAAAAUUAUCGUCUUUAAAGCUUCCUUUCCACAUUUCAGCCUUCCAUCUUGCGAAAUCAUCAGACACCCUCCCUUUUGACUCUCUGACUCAUCCAAAUCUCUGAGCCAUUUCCCGAUCUAAAAGGUAAGAAAGAUGAAAAUAGGGAAGAAGUUGAAGAAAGGUUGUACCUGUCGAAGCUUUAAAAAGCUUAUGGCUUAGAAAGUGAUGGCUGCAGCUGCAACAAUCCCCAGCAUUGGAACCCUCUUUUCCUGCAAUCCAUCCAAUUUUCCUUCCUUUCUCUUUCUCAGCAAAUCUGUAUUGGAGACUCGAUGCUUCGAUUUUGGGAUAAGUUUCUAAGACCUACUACUUUAUUAAAUUUUAAGUCUUUUUGCUCUUUUGCUUA